AUGAACAACACAAAGAGCGUGUCCUCCUCUUCCAAAGGCCAAUCUGGUCCUGCCCGUGGUACUGGGGACCAACUCCAUGCUCCCGGGGGUACCGUGAAUCAGAGCAAGGGGCAUGGAAAUCAUUUUCCAGGGGCAAUCUUCAAUGGGCCUGUCAAUAUUGGUACCGGGCAGCAGCCGAUUCUGCCACGAGAUUGCUGGAGAUUGUUAGCUUUUCCGGAAAUGGAUAGCCGGUUUAACGAUAUCGAUGCCGCUGCAAUUGGAACAUGCAAUUGGGUGUCUCAACACAAGGUCUAUAUGCGCUGGGCCGCGUCCAAUAGAGGCCUGCUCUGGAUCCAAGGAAAGCCCGGCUGUGGGAAGUCAACGUUGCUACAAUAUAUUCUGAGUCAUUUUGGGGAGACAGCCAACGCCGGAGAGGAGGCAUUGACCCUCUCGUUUUUUUUCCACGGUCGUGGGACUGAACUUCAAAGAACGCCAUUGGGCCUCUUCCGAUCUUUGCUUUACCAGCUUAGAGAUGUACCUGACGCCCUGUCGGAUGUGGUGGACACCUUCCAACAACGAUGUGAGACUGUUGGCAAACACAAUGAAAAGUGGCAGUGGCAUCUCCAGGAGCUGCAAAAAUUCUUUGGGUCAUCCCUUCAGAGGGCGUUGAAGACUCGGCCGAUUUGGUUAUUCGUCGAUGCACUAGAUGAAUGUGGCCGAGUAGAAGCGAAGGACCUAGCCGAUUUCUUCAAGUUAGUACUCAAGGGGCUCCCGUCUGCGAAGUUGAAAGACUUCCACAUUUGUUUUACUUGCCGACAUUACCCGAAUCUGGUCCUGGAUGGUGUGUUCGAAUUGUGCGUAGAAAAAGAAAAUGGCGCAGAUAUAUCAACGUUCGUGGAAGGUAAGCUCUCCUCAUUCCGUAAACGAACGUCAUCCACACUUCCGGACUUGAUCAUGAAGCGCGCCAACGGCGUUUUCCUAUGGGCUUCUUUGGUGGUGACGCAAGUUUUGGACCUUGAAUUAGAGGGCGCAGGAUUAAAACACAUGGAGCACGUAAUCCUAUCGGUCCCAGAAGAGCUCAACGCCUUAUACUUCGACCUCGUCCAAAAGAUGCCCUCGAACAGCGGAAAACUCAUCCAGUGGAUUUGCUUUGCUAUGCGGCCUCUGUCGCUAGACGAAUUGCGAUGGGCCAUGCUUGUGGAGGCCGAUAACACAGCACGGUCACUACACGAAUGCGAGGCCACAGGAGAUUACCCCUCUGACGACGAGGGGAUGAAAAGGCGAGUUCAGGCGCUCACUCGCGGUCUUGCCGAGGUCACCACGGACACAAAGGUUGUUCAAUUCAUCCACCAGUCUGUCAAGGAGUUUUUUGCCUCGAAGGGUCUAUCCGCUCUGUCCGGUGCUAUUAGUUUGGCUGCCCCAAAUACAUCCUCCCGCGCCGACUUCGCAGGGAUGGCACACUGUCAAAUAUCUAGGACUUGUAUACGGUACUUGAAGAUGAGCGAGAUUACCGGGAUCGCAAUCCACAGCGGGGAUGGUUGGACAUCCACUUUUCCUCUGUUGAGCUAUGCCACGAUGUCGUGGGUGGCACACGCGAAACAAAGCGAAAAGAUGGGUAUUUCUCAGGAUGAUCUUCUGGAAUAUUUUGCCUGGCCGUCGGAAGCGCUUGUGCAGAUAUGGGUGCGAGUUUACAACUCGCUAGAGAUAUACUCUGACGAGUGCCCGCCGGGAAAGACAACAAUGCUGCACAUCGUGUCGCGACAUGGGUUAAUAGGCGUGGUACAGAUCAUAUUACGAAGCGCAAACCAGUUGCAAAAGGAUAUUGAUGCAAAAGAUGAGAGUGGGCGGACCGCGCUGUCAUACGCAGCCGAGAAUGGCCACGAAUCUGUCGUGAUGCAGUUGCUGGGAGCUGGCAAAGUCGGCAUCCGGGGAUGGGCUAAGGCUAUCUUGUGGACGCUGCUCAAGCAGGGCGUUAACGUGGAUGCCGAAGAUGUGUAUGGUCGAACACCGCUGUUGUUCGCUGCCAAAAAUGGCCAUGAGGCCAUCGUCAGCUUGCUGCUCGAGAAGCGGGCUAAUGUCAAUGCCCCUGAUGGAGGUGGUGGAACGCCAAUUUCGUGGGCCGCCCAGAACGGGCACAAGGCCAUCGUCCAGCUGCUGCUAGGGAGAGGCGCAAAUGUGAAUGGUGAAUUUCUCCAUGGUCGGGCGCCGCUUUCAUGGGCCGCCGAGGCUGGGCACGAGGCCAUCGUUAAGCUACUUCUCGAUAAUGGCGCUGACAUCGAUGCCCGAGAUAUUUAUGGUUCGUCGCCGCUUGGGUAUGCUGCUAGGUACGGACAUAAUGCUAUCGUCAAGCUGCUACUCGAGAACAGCGCCAAAAUCCAUGCUGAAGAUAUGGUUCGUCGGACGCCGCUAUGGUAUGCCGUAGUGAAUGGGCAUAUAGCCGUCGUCAAGCUGCUCCUCGAGAAUGGUGCUAACGCAGAGACGAGGUAUGGCCAUUAUGGUCAGACGGCGCUUUGUUGCGCUGCCCUGAACGGCCACGAGGGCGUUGUGCAGCUGCUACUUGAGAGGAAUGUUAACGUCAAUGUUAUGGACACCGAGGGCCGAACGCCUCUAUUACAGGCCUCAUGGAAUGGAUACGAGUUUAUUGUUAAGCUACUGCUCGAAAGCAGCGCCAACGUUGAUAUUCAAGAUAACUUGGGUCGCACGCCCCUCUUUCGGGCCACCGAGGAGGGGCAUGAGGCCAUCGUCAAGCUGCUGCUCCAGAAGGGCGCCAACAUCAAUCUACAGGCCACAUCCGGUCAGACACCACUACUGUUAGCAACCGGCAAGGGGCAUAAGGGCAUCGUCAAACUACUACUCGAGAAGGGUGCCAACAUUAAUACGCAAAGCAGUCUACCCGGAAUCGACAGGCCGUUGUCAAGCUACCCGUCGCCACUCGCAAGAUCGAAGUGA